AUGUUUGUAGGUUCGACGGGAAGUCCUCCAGUUGUACCGCCGAAUUUAUUAUCCGACCUCGACAACUCCAGCCCGGUCAACGCACUCAAGCUUGAACGACCCAAGAUCACCUCCAUUGCCGCUUUCAGGAUCGACGUAGGUCUGAAGGGUAGCAUUGGCUUUGGUACACAAUCUCCAUUCUACCGUCCCGGCGUUCCACACUAUCAUUCGUUUGUCGCGCAGGAUUGUAGGCGUCGAGUCAUCUUGCAACCGCCGUUCAUCUCCAGGUUUUCCUCGGUGAAGCAUAUCAAGACCAAAUAA